UCCCUUUAAGCCGGUGCGGAAGUACACUGCCGUGAACCAUCGCUGGAAGGAGGUCAUACGUAUGAUGUAAAAACCUUGCGUCCGACUGACUGACAACUGAAUGGAGUGAAUUACUUCUUCAUCGUUUGUAGGAGUAUAGGUAAUGUUCAUUGAUUAAAUCCCAGCAGUACUUCUGAGGUAGGAGUGUGCCUAGCUGACAGGUGGUAAGCUAUUUUUGGACGUCAAAGAACAACGUGUGUAAAUGGCAGCGUCUAAAUGUACGAGGUUAACUGGAUCGCUAGUCAAGCAGUUGCUUGAUUCAGUGGACAGUGUUCUGUUUGACUGCGAUGGAGUUAUAUGGCGAGGUGAUCAGGCCAUUCCCGGUGCCUCUGAUGUAAUUAACCUAUUAAAGAAAAACGGGAAGCGUGUCUUUUUUGUGACUAAUAACAGCACAAAGACUCGGAAAAUGUAUGCUGACAAAUUAGCCAUGUUAGGGUUUAACGCAUCCGAGGAGGAAGUAUUUGGAACAGCCUACUGUUCUGCAAUGUACCUCAAAACAGUGCCUAAAAUACAAGGCAAAGUGUACCUGAUUGGAAGCAAUGCUAUGAGGCAAGAGAUAGAGAAUGUUGGGAUCCAGACCAUCGGCGUUGGACCUGACCCCAUCUCUGGUGCUCAGACCGACUGGGCCAAUGUCUCACUGGACCCCGAGGUCAAAGCGGUGGUUGUUGGGUUUGAUGAACACUUCAGCUACAUGAAACUGAACAAAGCACUUCAGUACCUCUGCAAUCCCAGCUGCCUGUUUGUUGGCACAAAUACUGAUACAAGACUUCCACUGGAAGGGGGGAAAGCUGUUCCAGGUACUGGCUGCCUUGUCAGAGCUGUGGAGACAGCAGCCCAACGCCCAGCCGAUGUGGUGGGGAAGCCCAGCAACUUCAUGUUUGACUGCGUGGCUAAGCAGUUCAGCCUGGACCCAGCUCGCUCCCUCAUGGUGGGCGACCGACUGGACACGGACAUCAUGCUGGGCACCAACUGUGGGCUGAAGACCCUCCUGACCCUCACCGGGGUGUCCACCGUAGCCGAAGCCGAGGACCACCUGAAGAGUGGGUGCCCCAAUCGCACCGGCAUGGUGCCUGAUUACUACGUCGACACCAUUGCAGAGCUCCUUCCAGCGUUACAGGGGUGAAAGAUCAAUAGGAUAAUAUAACCGUCCACAUGCUCACCUCAUUGGGAAUAGAAGAGUAGCCAGACAGGGAAAGAUUUUAAUUAUAUUAGAAAUGUGGUGAAAGUACAUUGUUUAAUUUUUAGAUAUGCCCAGUAUUGGCUGUAUUACAAGAUCAGAGCAAGCAUAGAGUUCUGAUUGGGAGAGGCUGAUGGAGGUGCAAUGCCUGUAUAAUUUCCAUAUCAUCUCCCGUACAGUAUACAGACUAAUUUAGUGAUAUGUGUGCUUUUAAAGGAGAAGGUAACUGGACUAACAGAUUCUCCCUUAUUUUAAUUCCCCAGUGCACUAAUAAGCAAAGUAUUGUUUUUGAAGUUUAAAGGUAUAUAGAGGGUCCUCCACAGAAGUUGUGCAAUGAGAAAAGUAUGACCUUUUCAUGGGUUUCAAGAGUGUCUGUUUUGUGUUAUUGAAAACAUUCAAUGUGACAUACGUUACAUACAUAAAAACUACAGCAUUCACUGCAGUAUAAUGGUGCAAAAUCAUGAUAUGCAUGUUAUAAAUGUAUCAGCUAAGUCUCGGUUGUCAUUACAUUAACUAAUGGGUUCUCUAGACAGGGAAUACUGUGUUCCUAUCGUGUAUCAGUGUCUCAGAUGUUUCAAACUAGACAUAGGCUUAGUCUUGGCUCUGUUUGUCAACUGAGGUAUUUCUUCAUCACACUAAAGAUGCAAAAAAUGUUCUGUAAACAUGAACAUUGAUGGACUCCAGAUCCUACUGUCAUUUGCCAAACAAAACUGGAUCCCCUGCAUUCCUUGACCUUUCCUUCCUGUACUUGACACUGUGUGCAUCUGGCCUCAAGUCUUAAGAUGAUCAAAUAAAAAGGAAAAAAAGUAUAUUCUCACAA